AUGGAUAACAAGAGAAAGAAGUUCAGAAUUGAAUCGGAUGAGGAAGAUGAUAUCCCAGUGAAUAAUGACAACAACACCGAAGAACAACAACAACAUGAGGAUGAACAACCUCAAUCAAAGCCUGAAGAUAGUGCACCAUCCCCUCAACCAGGUAAUACAAAUGAAGAAGAAGAGGAAGAAGGAGAUAUGGAUAAUCUUUUCGGAGAUGACGAUGAUGAAGAAGAAGAUAAAGCUAUUGAUUCAAGACCUGCAGAUGAAAAUGGUAUAGUGGAGGAUGAAGAAGAUGAAGAUGAUUUCAGAAGAAACGAUGGAAUGGAGUUUGCAGUUGAUGAGACCAAACCACAAAGAGAACUAAGAAGUAUAAAUCUUGAUGUUGUACGUCAUCCACCAAAAUUUCAUCAUGAAGAUGGGAAAUUAUAUGAUGCUAAAAUUCCAAAUUUUUUAGAAGUUGAUCCAACAAGAUUUGAAGGGAAAGCUUAUUUAGAACAAUUGGUUGAAGAUUCUAAAACUUUAACAAAAGAUGAAAUUGAAUUGAAUAGAUUAAAAGCUGAAAAUACCCUAAGAUGGAGAUAUGCAAAAGAUUCAAAUGGUGAAUUGAUAAAUGAAUCAAAUGCUCAAGUUGUUGAAUGGUCUGAUGGUUCAUUAUCGUUAAAAUUAGGAGAUGAAUAUUUUGAUGUUAUUCAAAGUCAACUUACAGAUACUUUUCUUGCAACUUAUAGUGAAGAAUCUGGUUUAUUAACAACUGAUGGUAUUUUCACAAAUUCAAUGAAGAUUGUACCAACUUCAACAAAUUCCAAGAUACACAAGAAAUUAACAACUGCAAUUCAAGCAAGACAGCAGACAAAGCCUGGUGCUCAAAGUGUUUAUGUUGAUAAAGAUCCAGAAGAAGAAGCUAGAGCUUUAGAAAGACAACAAGAACAAUUGAUUAGAGAAAGAAGAAGAAAAGAAUUGAAAGAAAGAAAAGAAAAUGAAAAAUAUGAUAGUGAUAGUACUCCAAGACCAGGCCAAAGAGCUACAAGAGAAUCUUAUUAUGCUCAACCAAGAAUUAGAGAUGAAUAUGAAGAAGAUGCAUUUAUGGUUGAUGAUGAUGAAGAUGUUGAAGAAGACGAUGAAGAGGAUGAUUUAGAGGCUGCUGAAAGAUUAAGAAGAGUGAAGAAUGAAGGUGCAGCUAAGUAUAAUAAUGAAGAUGAAGAUGAUGAUGAAGAAGAUGGUGACGAAGGUGAAGAUGAAGAUGAUGAAGAUGGCACAGCUAAAGCUCGUAAGAAGAGAAGAGUGAUAGAGUCGGAUGAAGAUGAUGAAUAG